AGAACGUGGCUAACCCCCAAAACAGCGUUAGGUAUUCGAAGCGGUCAUUUAGUGAAGCUUGUCAGCGGAUGGUCCCUAAACCGAGUUGUGAAAGAAGCCUAAAUUCAUCAUCGUCUUAUGUUUAAAGUAUUUCGUCCCCGGCUUCCUCGACUUAUACGCUCGAGACACACAAACAUGCUCUACGACCACGAGGACGAACAUGCAUCGAGUUCUCCUCCAGCAUCCCAUGAACUCCGAUGUGUCGCAGAUACCAAUCGUAGGCCUCGGGAUCCCAUUGGAUGAAAAAGCCCCAAAGGGUGGGAUAUGGCAACACCGCGCAGUCAUAUUAUCUAACUUUAUAGGCACUGGUCACUUACAGCUCGCAUGCGUUGGGUUAUCCCUUAUUUUACUGUUGGUAUGUGCCGCUCGGGUUAAUGGCUUGUAUGGCCGCAUUGUAAAGCCCCGUGACGCCCGAAUAUGUAGGCCGUAUACACCGCCCGAGUAUGCCAUUACGCAAAUAGUCCUUCUUGCGGCAGCCUUAUCUCUGACGUUCUACUCCAAUCUACAAAAUGGGUCUUGGACGGAAUCACUUGCUUUGGGCUAUCUGCUCUUCUUGGGUAUUUCGCAAUUCGCCUGGAGGCUGAAGGCUACCAGCAUUCCUUUACGCUGCCACGUGAACUGGAUGGUAACGAUUUUUACCAUUCUGGAGGCUGUCAGGCUCCUAUCGCCCAUCGCAAUUAUUGGUCCACAUAAUCGCCUGUCAAGUAUUGAAUAUGCUAAACUCGCCUGUCUAGCAUCAGCAUUUAUGGCUUCAUUCGUCUCUCCGCGCCCUGUACGAAGAAAAGAGCCAAAUCCCGAGGGGCAGGGUAUAAGUGACGUGAACGCUGAUCCAUCUGCCGAGGAAACCUGUUCGUGGUUUUCAUAUUACAUUUCGUACGGAUGGCUCACAUAUCUCAUGGUCCGGGGUUUCUCCCGGGACUUGGUCAUGGACGAUCUUCCCUCUCUUCCGACAUACGAUGCGCCGACGACAUUACUACAACGUAUGCGGAAGGCCCGGUUGAAAGGUGGGAAGACUUUCUGGACCCUCUGUCGAACGUUUCGAAACGAUAUCAAGACAAUAAUGCUCUGGUCAGUUGCAACGGCGAUGACAGAGUAUUUGGCACCGUGUGCCAUGUUCUACCUGCUGGGCUACCUCGAAGACCCUGACACAACCGUUGCUGUCGUUCACCCCUUUGUGUGGAUUGCGCUCCUAUUCUUAGGGCCUAUGGCCCGUUCUAUCUGCUAUCAACGAUCUAUAUUCGCCGGCACGCGGCUCCUUGUACUAUCAAAAGCGACCAUGAUUCAGGAAAUAUACCAGACAAUGUUAUGGGCCAGAGUGGACAAUAGUAUACAAGAGAAACUUGACUCGCAUAGCGAAAACGGAUCUGGAGAUACAGAAACAACGGAUAAAAAUGCAAAUUCUGUCAAGAUGGAAAGCCUUUUGUCAUAUGAUGCCGACGCGAUUGCUAAUGUGACCGACAUAUUCUAUUCGCUGACAGCAAGUACAGUAUCGGCGGCAAUAGCUAUGACAUUUCUAUAUCAGCUGCUAGGGUGGUCAUCUCUCGUUGGCGUUGCAGUUCUCCUAUCCUUAACCGCGCUCCCUGCCCGACUUUCUGGACGCCAGUCACGAUUACAUGGAUCGGUAAUGGAGGUGACAGAUAGUCGACUAUCAAGAAUUUCUGAAUAUUUACAGUCGAUUCGGACUCUGAAGUUUUUCGCGUGGGAAGAUGUGGCAGCCAAGAUGAUUAACGCAAUUCGAGCCACGGAGCAACAACGAAUUUGGAAGCGUAACGUAACCUCUAUGCUCAUUUUCAUGGCUGGCGAUAUGCUCUCUCUUGUCAGUCUUCUCGCCAUGUUCACGUCGUUUGUCCUCUUUACAGACCGACCGCUACGAGCUCCCACGGCUUUUACAGCACUAUCUCUUACAGAAAUAUUGCGUGCGCAGUUUGUAUGGCUGUCCAAGGUCAUCCAAUGGGUAGCACAGGGCCAUAAGUCAUUGCAACGAGUCGACAAAUUUUUCGAACUAGCCGAAGAAAGGAAACGUCUCCCAGCUGGCCCUCCAGAGCUUACAAACGCGACUUUCUGCUUGACACGAUCAUCUGGAUUCCGACUCCGCGAUAUAUCUAUUUCAUUUCGCGAAAAAGCCCUGAAUGUGGUAACGGGUCCAAUCGGCAGUGGCAAAACAUCCCUGCUGCUAUCGCUCUUAGGCGAGACAACUCUCGAAAAUGGAAAAGCAACCUGCCCUCCGGACGUAGCCUACGUGCCACAAACAGCUUGGCUACAGAACAGUACCAUCCGUCAGAAUAUCCUGUUCUAUAGCCCAUAUGACGAGUGCCGAUAUAAGCAGAUCCUCUAUGCUUGCGAUCUCGUUGAAGACCUGGAGCAGUUGCCUUCCGGCGACUUGACACAUGCCGGGGAGCAGGGUUCCAGCCUUUCGGGGGGUCAAAAACAAAGGAUAUCACUAGCAAGAGCGUUGUACUCGUCGUCUUCAACCCUUCUCCUAGACGAUGUAUUCUCGGCACUAGACACCCACACGACGUCGAGAGUUUACGAGCGAUGCUUCCGCAGUGGACUUUUAGACGGUCGGACAGUCAUUCUAGUAACACAUUUUACCACUGCUAUAGAAGAUGCUGAACUCGUAGUGUCGUUGGCUCAGGGGAGAGUUUCGGAUAUGAAAACAAACGCUAAAAGCCCAUCUAAAGAUGCCAAGUCGUAUUGGACAACGCAUCAGCAAGAGGGCGCAGCUGACUCUUCAUCGCAAUCAACUACGAACCCUCCCACAGGAGGAAUUUUUGUGCAGAGUGAAAGUCCUGACUUAACGCAUUAUGAGCCUCAAGAGGCGGCCGUAGACGAUACAGCAAGAGAUGAAAAGAGGGCGUCGGGGCGCGUCCCACGUGGAUUCGUUGUUCGAUACAUGCUACUAUUUGGUGGCUACGUCGCCGCUAUCUUAACGGUCAUAAAUACCUUCCUCGUGCAGAUAGCCUACUUCUCGAUCACUUUUUGGUUGUCUAUCUGGACUGGACUAUCAGCCAAACCCGACUACUUUUCCAAAGCGACGACGUAUCUCCUUAUUCAUAUCGGCACGGUUAUGGCAUUCAUAUCCCUUCAGUUCCUCAAUAACUACAUCUACCAGCGGGGAGGGUGGAAAGCGGCGAAGACCAUGCACGAGCGCUUGGUUGUUGCUGUCCUCAAUGCUCCUAUACCUUGGUACGACAACACCCCUGUCGGUCGUAUCAUUAACCGGUUCGGUGUAGACAUACAGUCUAUGGAUAGUCUUCUAGUCGACUGGUUACGCAUGGCACUCGAUAACGGGAUCAGGCUUGUUCUGCGAUUGGCGAGUAUUGCAUCCAUCAUGCCCAUUUUCGCGUUACCAGCGGGCUUCUUCUGCCUCCUCGGCUUUGCUACCGGGGAAGUUUAUGCACGAGCCCAGAUUUCGAUCAAACGCUUAUGCGCCGUGCAAAACUCGCCUAUAUUCUCUCAUUUCACCGACUCUGCUGGAGGUCUCGCGGUCAUUAGAGCCCGUCAGCCGAUGGACGAUGUCUUCCAGACGCUUCUUGCCGACAAGCUUGCCGUGUACAUGCGCGCGAUGGAGGCUCAAUACAACUGCAACCGCUGGGUCUCGAUUCGCUCGGACUUUUGCGCUGCUACCGUUGCGGUCGCGGCCGGAUGCAUAGCCUACUAUAAAUCUGGGUCUCCGGGUCUCGUCGGUUUCUCACUGACUAACGCUAUUGGCCUAAGCCAGACUAUCUUAACGUUGGUGAGGAACAUCAACGAGUUGGAGGUGGAGUUGAAUUCGUUUCAGCGGGUAUCCGAGUACGCAGAAGUCGAACCCGAGGUAAACCCCGAGGAAGAGAAGACAAAGGGGACUGAAGUGCCCGCAGCUUGGCCGACGACUGGCCAUGUGGAAUUCAAGAACGUGACUGUUCGCUACUCUACGGAUGGCCCUGACAUCCUGCAGGAUGUGAAGAUUAACGCACUGCCGGGGCAGCGAGUCGCUAUCGUCGGCCGUACCGGUAGUGGCAAGAGUACUAUUGCACGCUCGCUGCUACGCUCAACACAUGUGGUUUCCGGUAGUAUCGUGAUUGACGGCGUCAACAUCGUCAAUAUCCCCCUUAAGCGUCUCCGGGAAAGCAUCAGUUUCGUGCCUCAGGACUCGGUGAUCUUCUCCGGGGACAUCCGAUCGAACCUCGACCCGCUCGAGCACCUCGACGAGGCAGAGCUGUACAAAAUCCUUUCAGCAUGCGGUCUAACCGAGAUGUACGACUCAGACAGCCGGCAUCCCACCAGCGGCGUUUCGGCCAAUACCCAAGUAGCGGCCAACGGCAAGAACUUCAGCAACGGGCAGAGGCAGAUCCUCGGGCUCGCGCGCGCCAUGUGUCGUCGCUCCAAAGUCGUUGUCUUGGACGAGGCGACGGCUUCCGUCGAUCACGAGACGGACGUGCGUAUGCAGCAGAUUAUUCGGUCGGAGUUCGCGGGCUCGACUAUCAUAACCAUCGCUCACCGUCUGCGGACUAUUAUCGAUUAUGACCAAGUAAUUGUAAUGGAAGAAGGAAAGGUUAUAGAGGCUGGAAUACCUACGGAGUUGAUUGACAUUGAAGGCGCAUUCUGGGGUAUGUUAAAAAAUAGCGGCGAAUAUGACGAAUUGAUUGGAUUGGCGAAGAAAACCUAUAGCUAGUUGUAGGCAACAUAAAUAAAUAAAAUAAUUGCAUGAGAGGUACCUAGGUAGAUA